AUGCAAUCGCACUCAAAUAAUUUAGUAGAAAUGUAUUUGAGUUCUCCUUUUGGAAAAGAAAAAUUUGAAUCACUUCAAAAAGUGCCAAUUCAAAUCAGUUCACUUAAGAAUAUUGGUGAUGUUUUAGCAUUAUCUAAUUACGACAUUGAUGGUGUUAAGUUGUUUUACGAAUGCAAGACUGACAAACAUAAUUUUGUUCAAUCGAAUUUUCUUGAUGAAAUGGUUAAUGCUCAUAAUUCUUUUGAACUCAACUCAGGAGAUAUUUUGUUCUUUAAUUACAUGAUAGGAAUAACGAAACAGAAUAAUCUUAUUCCUAGUGACCAAAGAAACCAGUUAUUGAAUUCUUCUGUUGAAUUUUUCGAUAAAAAUUUGUCAGCUUUUGAGAGAAAAUACAAAAAUUCAUUGAAAAAGGCAUUUGCGUCUAUGAAUUCGAUGUUGAAUUCACAGAAUAAGUUUGUUGAAGAGAUGACAAUUAAUCAUUUCGAAGACUACAAGAAUGAUGGAAAUAAUAUAAUUGUUAAUGAAUUUGAGAAUUCUUUGAAAGAUUUUUGUAACAUGAUUACUUCUAUGACAGUUCUUGUUAAAGACAAAACUUAUUCAUAUAAUUUCUGUCAGUUGAAGAAGAAGAGAACAACAGAGAAGAAAUUCAAGACUGUUCCACAAAUUAAUGACCAACUUUUGACUUACAAAGUGUUUUUAAUCAAAGGUAUAAAGAUUUUGCAAUCGGAAUUCCAUAUUUGUAAGGACAAAAUUUUGGUCGUUUAUUCGUAUUCUUACAAAGAAAUUAAAUUCAAUAGAAUUACUUAUGUUUUUGCCAGGCAAAAUGUCAAAGGUGAAGUGACCAAUUUAGAGAUAUAUACUGUUGAUGGAAAAUCCUAUUUAUUUGAUUUUAUUUCCAUUGAUUCUCAAACUGUUAUUAAGAAUCUUCCAAAGAAUUUGAUGAAUAAUCUCAAAUUUAUGACGGUUUCUUUCAAACAAAAAGAUUUAUUCAGCGGUUUGAAUUUGACCAAUUUAUGGGAGAUCUCCAAUUUGAGCACAUUUGAUUACUUGAUGCUUAUCAACAUUUUCAGUGGAAGAACAUUUAACAACACUCCUGAAAUGCAACCGAUUUUCCCUCCGAUUUUGUCAGAUUUCAAAAUUUUUGGUUGCGUUUAUGACUUUACAAAAACCGUCGAAAUUUCAAAUGAUCUUUCGAUUGAAUCCAUUUCUAAAAUGAAGAAUGUUAAUGCCAGAGUAUAUUUCGAUCCUACAUUACCAGGAAAUCUUCCAAAUUGGUGCAAAGACAGAUAUGAUUUCAUUUCUCACAUAAGAAAAUUGUUGGAAAGUCAUGGAACUUCCAAAUUAAUUCCGAAAUGGAUUGACCAGAAUUUCGGAAAGGAAAUGAGUAAAAGAAACUCGAAACAUAAACAAGUUUUCUCCAAAUUGCACCCGCAAAGACAAAAUGUCCUCAAAAUGAUAACGAAAAACUACAAGAGACAAUUAAAUACAAGUUCAAAGAACAAAAUUUUGUUUACAAGUUGUAAUUUGACAGAAACCGCUGAAAAUUCUAUCGUCCUAUCAUUUUUCUUGUCAAAUAAUACUUUGACGACAAUUAAUUGUCUUCUUUCUGAUGAUUUCAAAGUCAUCAGCACAAGUUCUGUUGAAACAAUGGAAAUAACUCCAAAUUCGAGUUUUUCUGCCACAGAAAAAAGUUUAGUUUUGUACACACCUGAAAAACGACAAGCAGUUGUUUAUAACAGGGAAAACAAAGUACAAGGAAGUUACGUUUUGUACUGCGAAACAAAUAUGAUUUCGUAUUACGAAAAUUCAUUUUUGUUCUGCCCAGAUUUUUGCACAAUUUCGAUUUUGGACGAAUCCAAACCAAAACCAACUGUUUUGACACAUUCUCCAUGUCGUUUGUCAUCAUUGGCGUCAUCCAACAAAUACAAGAUCUUCGCUUAUGGAACAAUCGAUGGCCAUGUUUGUGUUCACUCCCUUUCGAUGUCGAAAUCGAAUUUCGUCAACAAAACUCAUAUUGUUGAAGAAGCAGAACAUAUCGUGAUCACAAACAACUAUGGUUUCAUUGUUUGUUCGACGGCAACGAAGUUCAUUGUCAUGUCAGUAAAUGGAGAGAUAAUAAGAGAGUUCACACACAACAAGGAAAUCGUGAAUCUGUUUUCUUUCGAUUGUUUGGGAGCAGAUUUUAUUGCUUUCGUAACAAAUGACAACAAAGUUGGUUAUUUCGAAGUUUUCCACCCAGAAAAUGCAAUCAACUUCUUGCAGAUAAGAGAACACAUUGAAUUGGUGACUUACAACUACGCAACAGCCACUUUCAUUGUGAUUACAAAUGAAUCAAUCAGAUUCAUUCCUUAUUCUAACAUUGUUUAA